AUGGUUGGAGCGUCGGUUUCGGAAGAAGGAAAUGGCUCGAGCGGCAUUCUCCCGCGGAAGAGACGCUCGGCUACGAUGCUGGGCCUAGAUGUUCUCGAUUGUCCCAUUUGCAACGAAGCAUUGACGAUUCCCAUCUUCCAGUGUGACAAUGGACAUUUGGUUUGCUCUUCUUGCUGUCCAAAGCUGAGGAACAAAUGCCCUUCUUGUGCUUUGCCUGUUGGCAACAUUCGCAACAGAGCAAUGGAGACUGUUGUUGAAUCCAUCUUUGUCUCGUGCCGAAACUCCGAGUUAGGUUGCAAAUGGAAGUCUCCUUAUGGGAACGAAUCAGCUCAUGAGAAACAAUGCAACUUCUCUCCAUGCUCAUGCCCUGUACAAGACUGCGAUUACACUGGCUCAGUUUAUGACAUCAAUGACCACUAUAUUGAUCACGAUGAGAUAUGGCUGUUAAAUGAUUUCAGUCGUGGCCGUUCUUUUACUGUUUGCAUGAACAUCAGCGAUAAGAUAUUAAUUUCAAGGGAAGCUUCGACGAGAUCACUGUUUCCAGUGCAGUGUUUUAGGGAGCCGUGUGGUGUCUAUGUAACUGUAAGCUGCAUUGCUCCACCUUCUCCAGAAGCAAAGAGGUUCUCAUAUGAUGUCUCUUACACUACUUCGGAUGGACACACUGUGGUUUACAAAUCCCCAGAGGUGAAGAGGGUUCUUGAAGUAAGUUAUGAAACACCUCAAGACAAUUUCAUGUUGAUCCCUCACAAUUUGUUGCGCGGUGACUUGUUGGAGCUGAAGCUUUGCAUCUCGGAGCUGAAGUGA